AUGGAAUCUUAGUUAAGCUUCAUUUGUAUACGAUAACACACAUUCUUUGAUUAGAAAUAUAUUCUUUAGUUGCAUCCAACUAAGAUUACACUAACUUAAGUAUGCCUCAUUAUUAAAAUAAGAUUGGCAAGAAUCCUAAAUACAUAAUUGAAUUAGAUUUGCAUAAUACAAUUUCAUGGCAAUUAAAUCAAAUGAACUAAAUCACAAGCUUUAGUAUUAUAUGGAACAACAUGGAGAAAUAAUUUCAAUCAACUCAUGAAGAGCUCUUAAAAUUGCGAUAAACUAUAAGAAAUAAAAUAAUGUAUAAAUCAGUUAGUGAGCUUUACAAACCUAUGCAAUAAUUAGGAGAAGGAAAUUUUGAUGAAGUAAUUCAAUCUAAAAAUUUAGGUAUAUUUAUGUAUUGACAGAAUAAAUGGUAGUUCAUAUGAAAUAAAAUGUCUUGCAAAAAAUUAGUUUGAAGAUUCUAUUGUACUAAUUGCAUUUUAAAUUAGACACGAAUUCAUAAUGAGAUUUCUUGUUUAAUAAAUAUUAGAUCUGAUUAUGUAUAAAGUUUACAUGAAGUAUAUAAUGGAGAAAAUACAGUUUAUUUAAUUUAAGAGUAUUUGGAAGGAGCAAACUUGUAUGAAUUAAUUAUGAAUGUGACAUUAGAUAGAACUUAAAUAUUAAUUAUUAUGAAAGUAAUUUUUAUUAUCAAUAAAAUAAAGCAAUUGCUUACUGCUGUUAGAGAUAUCCAUUCCAGUAAUAUUAUGCACAGAGAUAUAAAGCCAACAAAUAUAGUAUUUAAAAACAAAGAUUCCAUAGAAGGAUUAAAAUUAACAGAAUUUGAUUUAGCAGUUCUUAUUGAUCCUUCAUAAGAUUUAAGAGUAUGUGGAACUCCUGGUUAUGCAGCACCAGAAAAAUUCAAAGAUAGUUAUAAUGAAAAAGUAGAUCUCUUUAGUGUUGGAUGUAUUUUCUUUAAAUUGUAUAAAUUAUCUUUUUUAUUAUAGAGUUACUACCAGAGAUUUAUUUCCAGGAAAAACAUCAAAUGAAAUAUUAAAGUUGAAUAAAAUCUGUAAUAUAGAUUUAAAAAUACUUCAAUUAUAUAAACUCACUCCAGAAGAAACAAAUCUUUUGACAAAUCUACUUGAAAUUGAUCCAGAAAAAAGAAUUAGUGCAGAAGCAGCUCUAUCUCAUCCUUAUUUUUAAUGUGACAUUACUCAUAAUAAUGAAUAAUAAUUAACUAAAAAAAAGUCAAUAUAAGGUAUUCCACCUGGAGAAAGAAUCAAUAAUCUACUUUAAAAGGAAAUUAAUGAAAUUGAAAAGUAUCCAGAUGAAUUGUAAGUAGAUCAUGAAUCUCCUCAUAUUAGUGCAAUACCCAAUUUUAAAGUAUUGAAAAAGGAUUCAUAAAUUCAAACAUCUUAAAUAAUAAGAAAAAGCACUAAAUUAAAAAAAAGUGAGACUUAAGAGUAUUCUCAAUUAAAUUUUAAUAAGUCUAGAUUUAAGGCUAGAAAUUCUGUUCAAUAAACAAUUGUUUGA